CCGAUACAAGGUCACUGGACCUUAGCGACUCAUGUGAGACUUGAAAAACACAGCAUAAGCAUCACGUGCACCACGGCCGAUGACUCGCCAACGAGGCUGACUACAUGCGAGACGAUUGAACAGUGCCUUGUGCCCUACCGUGAUACAGUGUUAAAUUGUGUCAGUCUAUUGUCACUUUUGACUAUCUAUUUUCCUAUCUAAUCUCGGAGUUUUCAUUAUUAUUUGUUGGGUCGUUAAUUACGCAAUAAUACGCAACCGUACUUUCCUAUAAAACCCCAACAAAUUCUGGUGACCCCGACGUGACCUAAAAUGGCCUCCGAAGACAGCUAUUUGAUGUCCUCUGUAUCACAUCAACCAACGCACAGAAUUGACACUGUUUCAGUCAACCUCCCGCCGUUUUGGCAUCAUGAUCCAGCAAUCUGGUUCUGUCAGGUCGAAGCACAAUUCCAUCUCCGGAAUAUCACACAACAGUCAACCAUGUUUUAUCAUGUGCUUUCUGUGCUUCCACCUGAAGUUGCUGCGGAUGUUCGUGAUGUGUUACAAGCCCCAGAUCAAGUCACCCCUUUCAACACUUUGCGCGACACUAUCAUCAAACGGACAACGAUAUCAGAAUAUAAGCGUCUGGAACAACUCCUCAACGGUGCUGAUCUUGGUGAAUGUACACCAUCACAGUUACUUCGUCGAAUGUACAACACUUUGGGAGAUCGCAAGCUUGAUUCCGCUCUUUUCAUCCAACUGUUUUUGAAGCGCCUCCCUUCACAUGUACAAACAAUCCUAGCACCGUCGAUUGACACCGUCCCCAUCGACAAACUGGCGACUAUGGCUGAUCGAAUUUUAGAAGUUCAACCAAAUUCAACUUCUAUGUCUUCGAUCAACUCAGCGACGGAAACACCGUCCAUUGCCGACCAGAUUAAGCUGCUUUCCGAACAAAUCGCUGAACUCAGAGCUUCACACUCUCGCCAAUUUCGAUGUUUUUCACGUCGACGAUCAAACAGCAGAACUUACCGAUCGAAUUCCAACAACAGACAGUCUGACAACUACUGCUGGUACCACAACAAAUUUGGUCAUAGAGCAAGGAAAUGUGUUUCCCCCUGUUUGUUCAGAAACUCCAAAAACAAUGCUCCGCAGAUGCCGGAAAACCGCCAGGCCGAGUGUUAGGGGCGAGUAACACUCGUGGCUAUCAAACCCAAUCUCGCCGUCUUUCUGUUGUGGAUCGUACUUCUGGACUAAAAUUUUUGAUUGACACUGGAGCAGACGUUAGUGUUAUUCCCCCGCAACCCACCGACACUCUCCCUCCUGGGAAUUUUUAUGAACUUACUGCUGCAAACGGUACGAAAAUACGUACGUUUGGACAACGUUUGCUGACACUUAAUUUGGGAUUACGACGUGAGUUCCCUUGGAUUUUUCUUAUUGCGGAUGUUCGCCAGCCUAUUUUAGGUGCGGAUUUUCUUACACAUUUUAAUUUAUUAGUUGACUUGAAAAACCGUAGCCUCCAGGACGGUAUUACUAAGUUAUCUGUGUGCGGUGAACCUAUCAUUUGUUCCCAACCUGUUCCAUUGUUAUUGUCCACGCUUCAUCCAACCUCCUAUUCUUCCAUACUUAGAGAUUUCCCUAACCUGCUUAAACCCAAUUUUCACCAGGCUAAUCCCAAACAUUCUGUAACCCAUAGGAUAGAGACUCGCGGUAACCCCGUUUUUGCUCGCCCCCGACGUAUGCCACCUGAACGCUUGCUCAUCGCCAAAAGGGAAUUUCAACACAUGCUCCAACUGGGAAUUAUCAGACCCUCUCACAGUACUUUUGCUUCACCCUUGCAUAUGGUCCCUAAGUCAACGCCAAAUGAUUGGCGCCCCUGUGGUGACUAUCGAGCCUUAAACAACUCCACUAUCCCCGAUAGAUAUCCCCUUCCUCAUAUCCACGAUUUUACUGCAAACAUUACCGGUUGUACAGUUUUCUCACACAUUGACAUUCUCAGAGCGUAUCAUCAUAUCCCUAUUCACCCCGAUGAUGUGCACAAGACAGCUAUUACCACUCCUUUUGGUUUAUUUGAGUUUUUGCGUAUGCCCUUUGGUUUAAGGAAUGCUGCUCAGACCUUUCAACGUUUUAUUGACCAAGUUCUCCACAAUCUGGAUUUUGUAUUCUGUUAUUUAGAUGAUAUUCUCGUUGCUUCCAAAACCCAUGAUGAACACAUUACCCAUCUUCGCAUACUGUUUCAACGCCUACAAGAUCAUGGCGUAGUACUUAACGUUCAGAAAUGCGAAUUUGGUGUUUCCUCUUUAAAUUUUCUCGGACAUACGAUUAAUCAGCAUGGCAUUACUCCCGCACAACCUAAGCUAGACGCUAUCACCUCAUUUCCGUGUCCCACUUCUCUUCGUCAACUGAAGCGUUUUCUUGGAAUGGUUAAUUAUUAUCGUCGUUUCAUUCCUCAUGCAGCCGCUAUGUUGAUGCCUUUGACUGACCUGUUGAGAGAAACUCACUCUGACUUUCAUUUUUCUGAACAAGCUCAACAAGCAUUUGAGAAAGCCAAAUGUACCUUAGCGAAACAAUGUACCUUGUUUCAUGUGCGCCAAGGUGCCCCCUUGUCUCUCCACGUCGAUGCAUCUAACACUGCAGUAGGGGCUGUUCUUCAUCAAACCGUUGACCACCAGAAACAACCACUUGGUUUCUUCUCCAAGAGACUUCAGCCAACGGAGACGCGGUAUAGUGUAUUCGGUCGAGAACUUUUGGCCAUAUAUCUAGCUGUGCGUUACUUCCGACAUCUUUUGGAAGGCCGUGAAUUUUGCAUCUAUUCAGACCAUAAAGCUCUUGCUUCAGCCUUUUCUGCUAAUCCUGACAAAUAUUCGCCCCGAGAGAUUCGCCAACUUGAUUACAUCUCUCAGUUUUCCACUGAUAUCCGGCAUGUUGCCGGCAACCAAAACGUAGUCGCAGAUACUCUGUCUCGUCCUGGUGUUGACUGUGUUUCCACAAUCGAUUUACACCAGAUGGCGAAGGCUCAGAAGACAGAAUCAUCCGAAUCAUUCUCAUCACCCUCUGAGAAAUUUUCACUUGUGUUAAAACCACUCCCUCUCUAUACACAUCCUGGAACAAUCGAAUGUGAUGUUUCGACGCAUGUGCCACGUCCAUUUGUACCACCAUCUAUGCGCCGACAGGUUUUUGAAACUUUUCACAAUGUUUCACAUCCAGGAAUCCGCCAAUCCAUCCGUCUCAUCUCUGAACGAUACGUAUGGCCAAACAUGAACAGAGACAUCAAGGAAUGGGCUGCAAAUUGCCUUUCCUGUCAACGUUCUAAAGUCAUCCGCCAUACACGCUCACCUUUCGGAACCUUUAGCAAUCCCGAUGCCCGUUUUGCUCAUGUUCACUUGGACAUCGUCGGUCCUCUUCCUGUGUCAAAUAGCAACGCGUAUAUCCUCACUUGCAUCGAUCGCUUUACGCGUUGGCCAGUCGCUAUUCCUAUACCUGACACUCACACGGAAACAAUCGCUCGUAAUUUCAUUAACCAUUGGGUCGCGACAUUUGGUGUUCCAGCCACCAUUACGACUGAUCGCGGUUCCCAGUUUGAAUCCAUUCUUUUCUCAAACAUUACCAACAUUCUUGGAUGCCAACGCAUCCGUACCACAGCAUAUCACCCGCAAGCAAACGGCUUAGUGGAACGUUUGCAUCGCCACAUCAAAACAGCUCUAAUGGCUCACAACAACCCAUCUCAAUGGUGUGAUUUACUACCACUUGUGUUGUUACAGCUACGUACAAUGUUUCGACAAACUUUGCAAUGCUCACCUGCAGAACUUGUUUUUGGAACCACUUUACGCCUGCCCGGCGAAUAUUUCUGUCCGUCUAGUACAGAACAUCCACAACCAUCUAAUUUUGCAACAGAGUUGAAAUUACACAUGUCAAAACUCUGUUACGCACCUCCACUCUCAACCAGUACAAGUUCUUACGUUCCCUCUGACCUAAUGCAUUGCGCUUAUGUUUUCAUACGUUCAGAUCGUGUGCGCAAACCCCUUCAACCACCGUACGAUGGACCCUACCGAGUCAUUUCUCGCGGUCCUAAGCAUUUCACUGUUCAACUCCCAACUCGGACCGACACAGUGAGUAUAGACCGUCUCAAGCCCGCACACAUCGAAGCUGCAGUCAAUCCCUCGAAUCACGCCACUACUACGAAAUCGCAAUCACCAGUCACGCCUCCGAACUACGUCACACGUUUCGGUCGUCAAGUUACGAGACCCGACCGAUUCAGACCACUUUGACUCUUCGCAAGAGAGGAGUAUGUGUAGCAUCCGCACGCACGCACGCACGCGCAGACGGGACGUGCAAGCUUGGCCGAUACAAGGUCACUGGACCUUAGCGACUCAUGUGAGACUUGAAAAAGACACAGCAUAAGCAUCACGUGCACCACGGCCGAUGACUCGCCAACGAGGCUGACUACACGCGAUACGAUUGAACAGUGCCUUGUGCCCUACCGUGAUACAGUGUUAAAUUGUGUCAAACUAUUGUCACUUUUGACUAUCUAUUUUCCUAUCUAAUCUCGGAGUUUUCAUUAUUA